CCAAACCAUCCAUGAAAGAUUGAAAACACGUAACGUAGUCUUCAAGUGAUAGUAACAUCAAACGGAAUCUAUUCUCUCUCUCACUCCACGCUUUCCCCAUUUUCCACUCCAAACUUCUCCCUAAUUACCAUAAUGCCACUCCCUCCCCUCUCCUUUCUUCUCUUUUCAGUCUUCACUCUCACUCCCUCCCUUUCUUCACAACAAAUCGAACUUUCUGGAACCUCAAUCUCUGUGCCUUCUCCUUCUCUUUCUCCUUCGAGCUUAAGCUUACACCACCUCCUUCUCUGAACCUCGCGCUACGUUAACAUUGCUUAUUUUCUUCCCUAUUUUGAACUAUUAUUUAUUUAUUUAUUUAUUAUUCUUUUAGCAUUUGGCGUAUAAAGUGUUAUCGGUUGGUGUGAGGGUGAGAGGGUUUGGUGAAGUGAACAAGGGAACUAAGUUAGGUUCUUUGGUUGCAGCUUAAUCAUUAAUAAUUCAUUAUUGUUUUUAUUUCGAUCCCUAAUUAUUAUUACUGCACAGUUUGAAGUUUCGAGUGUUGGAGUUUUCGAUUUUUUAUUUUUUAAAUUUUUUUUUUGGUUGGGGAUGAAUCGGAGUGGUUUCAGGGGUCAUGAAAUGCAGAUGCAAGCUGCGUUUAACCAGAGGCACCACCAAUUGGGGGUGUUGAGGUCUUCUUCGGUGAUGAUGAAGGACAGGGACGAAGAACUCGCCUUGUUCCUUGAGAUGAGGAAACGCGAGAAGGAGCGAACCGAUUCGCUGCUUCGCGCCUCUGAUGAACUCCAUGCUGACGCACCCUUAGGGUCGAACCCGGGAACAUCUCCAUUGUUUAACAUCCCGUUAGCCACGCCAGCUCCUGUGAGGAAGACUGGUGCUGAUGAUUUUCUCAAUUCGGAGAACGAUAAGAAUGACUAUGAUUGGCUUCUAACUCCUCCGGGAACUCCACUUUUUCCAUCUUUGGAGAUGGAAACUCAAAAAACUGUUAUGAGUCAGCUUGGUGAUCCAACUUCACGUCCCAAUGUAUUAAAAUCUAGAUUGGCAAAUUCUCUGUCAGAACCUAGUGGGAGGAGCAGCCUAGUAUGUAAACAAUCAGCUUUCUCGCCCGGGUUAAGUUCAUCUAGUGGCGUAACUAGGAGGCCCUCAUCAUCAUCAGGAAAUCCAGGAUCAAGACCUGCAACUCCUACUGGACGCCCUACAUUGACCAGAGUUUCAAAACCCAGAUCUUCAACACCUACUUCUCGGGCUACCUUAUCUUCAGCUAGGACGGCGGUUGCUACAAACAAGACCACAUCUUCUACAACCAAGCCUGUGGUUUCUCUUACAAAGAGUAUGAUUUCUGCCUCCAAGACUACGGUCGCUGCAACUAAACCCACAGUUCCAGCUAGAUCCUCUACACCUUUGUCAAGAUCUACUGUAAGAUCUUCAACACCAACUAGCAGGCCUACCAUACCUUCAUCCAGGUCCAUAUCAAGGGCAUCUACUCCAACUAGGCGACCAACCACACCAUCAAGUGCACCCAGCAUAUCUGCUCCUUCAGCUAAGGCUUCUUCAAUCUCCAAGCCAGCUCCGGUGGUGUCACAGCAACCAGCAUCUUCACGUGGCACUUCACCAACUGUAAGAUCAAGACCAUGGAAUCCAUCUGAGAUGCCUGGCUUUUCACUUGAUGCUCCACCCAAUUUGAGGACAUCACUACCAGAAAGGCCACUGUCAGCAACUAGGGGGAGGCCUGGAGCACCCAGUUCUCGGUCUUCAUCUGUUGAGCCAGCUCCUAGCGGCAGACCAAGGCGGCAAUCAUGUUCUCCUUCUAGAGGACGGUCCUCUGGCGGUUCUCAUCCUACAGGAAGCUCUAUGCCUGCUGUCAGUCGUGGGUACUCAAAAGCAAAUGACAAUGUCAAUCCUAUUGUAAUUGGCACCAAGAUGGUUGAGAGGGUAAUAAAUAUGCGGAAAUUAGCACCACCAAGGCUGGAUGACAAAAACUCUCCCCAUGGUAAUCUUUCUGGGAAGUCAUCUUCGUCACCAGAUAGCUCAGGUUUUGGAAGAACACUCUCAAAGAAAUCCUUGGAUAUGGCUAUUAGGCAUAUGGAUAUACGGCAAAGGGUUCCAGGCAAUUUACGACCAUUGAUGACAAACAUUCCAGCAUCUUCAAUGUAUAGUGUGCGCACGGGGGCUCAGCGUAGCCGUACUGUCAGUGUCUCGGGCUCACCUCAUGCCACAAGCAGUAAUGCUGGUUCUGAAAUUAGUGUAAAUCAAAAUGGAUACUGUCUAGAUAGUAGUGAAAUAGAUGAGGAUUUCGUCAGUGAGAGAGGUGGUCAAUCUCCGACCAGUGUCCGGGGCAGGUGAAGGAUGAGUCAUGUAUCUACAUUUAAAUGGCAAAAACAUUCUUUCAGCCAUGGUGGAUUUGCAUGUGAAGCUAACUAUGCUUAUGUUGUUGUAAAGUUUAUUGGAAGAAUGGAAGUGGUGUAACUUGUGUGUAACGGAAGGUAUUUGUGAUUAUGUUCCUAAUGGCCUAUCGUUCAUAUUGCCAUCAAGGAUGUUUUGUACUA